AUGGGAGUUCACGGUUUAUGGAAAUUGUUGGAACCAAGCGGGCAAAUGGUUCCAUUAGAAUGUUUAGCUGGAAAAGUACUCGCAGUUGAUGUAUCAAUCUGGCUUCAUCAAGCGAUAAAAGGAAUGCAUGAUACAUAUGGUGCUCCUGUCGCUGCUGCACACAUUAUUAUUUUAUUACAUCGUCUUUGUAAAUUACUAUUUUAUAAAAUUAAACCUGUUUUUGUUUUCGAUGGAGGUGUACCUGCACUUAAACACUCAACAAUGGCGGCUCGAAAGAAUCAAACGGGAGCAGCCAAGUUAGAAGCACAAAAAGUUAGGGAAAAAUUAAUAAAAAAUCUUUUGAAACACGAAGCCGUGCGGCAAAUUUUAGCCAACGAAUCAUCUUCGGCAGCUUUGGGUUUAAAUAGUUUUGCUCUUCCUGGACCAUCCAUUGAAGAAGAUUUGUAUAAGUUACCGGCAAUAGCAGCAGACUAUGAAGAAGAUUCGCCUUUCGAAGAAACGGAAAUGGAAUCGGAUAAAGAGGAAGACAGACGACGGAUCGAAAAUAUAUAUUCCGUUGACGUCACGAGUAAAGAUUUUUUACAAUUGCCACCGGAAGCCAGGCACGAGAUAUUAACGGAACUCCUGGAAACGAAAAAGCAAAAUUCGUGGAAAAUCCUCGACGAAAUGCCCAAAAAUUCGGAAAAUUUUUCCGAUUUUCAAAUGAAUCGACUUUUGAAACGUCACGCGGUACAAGUCUCGCUGGAAAAAACGGGGAAGGAAAUGGAAAGUUGCACUUUGAACCUUGCCGAACUCGAAUCUCUCCUCGAAGAAAAGGGAGUUUUAAAUAUUAACAACGAAAAUUUACCGGGGAAAAGGAUAGCGAAAGAUAACGUGACUCGUUACGUGUUGGUUAAAAAAAAUUCGGGAAAUGAUUUGAAAGGUAUCAAAGAAGAAAAUGAAAAACUCUCCUGCGAAGGAAAUGAUGCGAAUCAAAUAAAUUAUGAUGAUUAUUAUUGGUCAUCGGAUUCGGAAACGGAUGUCAUUUUAAAAAAAUCCAAAAUGGAAUCAAAAGAGGGAAUCCCGGAAAAGGAAAAUCAGACGCGUGAAAAUAUCGACCCAACACGAGUAAAAGAAAAAAUGAAUGAAUAUGGGAACGAGAAUGAUAAUUUCGGUUUGAAUGCUGACGUCAAACAGCAAAGGAAAUCAGACAAAUUUGAAGAAAAUGAAAAAGUAAAUGAAAUGAUUGUAACAGAAAACAAAAUGGCGGAGGAAAAGAAUAUCAACGAACUCAACAAAUUCGAAAAUGAAAGUUUUCGCGUUGAACCAAUCGAAAAUGUGGAAAAUUCCGUUAAUAAAUCCGAAUCGCGUGAUGUUUACGACAAAACAACGUCAUCAUCAGAACCGGAAAUGGAAUUUAAAAAUGAAAAACAAGAAUCGAAUGAUUUGAAAGAGGUGAAAGUUGAUGAAAGUUCGUUACAAAAUUUAUCAGGAGUAGAACCGACAAAGGAUGCCAAGGUAGAAGAAAUCGUUGAUGAUUCUUCACCAUCGAGUAGCGAUGAAGAAAGUAUUUUUAAUACGGUAGAAGACGUUAAUAAUAAGGAAACGGAAAUAAAUGAGAAAUUUUUAAAUUCUCCAGCCGACAUAGAAAAUGAAAAAAAAAAUUUAAAUUCGAAUGAUUGCAUAUCGAUAAUCAUAAGUCCGUCGUCGAAAAUAAGCGAAACCGAUGAUAUAUUUGCAGAUGUAUUCAAUGAUCCCGUAGAGAAAAACGUGGAAGAAGAAAACAAUGUCGUCGUCGUCGUCGUUAAAGACGGAAAUGACGUUGGGAUUUCAACCACGGAUCAAAAUGGUGGACCACCACCACGACCACCAUCCGUGCCCGUAGAGUCGUACAAAUCGGAAUUCGAAGGAUAUGCUGGAAAAUUGGAGGAUUUAAAAAAAUCAUUAGAAGAAAAACAAAAUAAUCUUUUGUUGGAACAAGGAAAUCAAGAAAGGCAUGCGCUCAAUCCAACCGAUCAAAUGUACUCUGAUGCACAGGCAUUGCUCAAACUUUUCGGAGUACCUUAUAUCGUUGCACCUAUGGAAGCGGAAGCACAAUGCGCCGCACUGGAUAUACUGGGAUUGACGGAGGGAACGAUAACGGACGACAGCGAUAUCUGGCUCUUUGGUGGAACCGUCGUAUAUAAAAAUUUUUUCAAUCAAAAGAAACACGUAUUGGAAUACACGUCCUUGAACAUACAGAAAAAUUUUAAAUUAAACAGAGAAGAUUUGAUAAGGUUGGCAAUGUUGGUCGGAAGCGAUUACACUCUCGGUCUCACCGGUAUAGGUCCCGUCACGGCAAUGGAAAUAUUGGCAUGUUUUCCCAGUCCUACCAACGAAAUAUUGGAAGGACUUGAAAAUUUUCGCGAUUGGUUGUUGACGGGGAAAACGAAAAAUGUCGGAUCGCCGAAAACGAAAUUAAAAAACAAAAUAAAAAACACGGUCGUCUUGCCAGGAUUUCCGAACAGAGCCGUUGCCGAGGCAUACCUUCAUCCCCAGGUAGACGAUUCGAAAGAACCUUUUUCUUGGGCAAAACCUAAUUUGGAUUUGAUCAAACAUUACGUGAAAGCGAAAAUCGGUUGGUCCUACGACAAAUGUAACGAAUUACUCAUGCCCGUCAUGAAAAAAUUGGAAGAAAAUGCGAAUCAACGUACGAUGGAAAAUUAUUUUAAAAUCGUUUCGAACGAUUCGGGAGGAACGAUGACGAUGAUGAGCAAACGUGUGGAAAAUGCGGUGAAGAGGUUGGGAGGAAUCGACGACGACAACGAAUCCGACGAAAAAAUUAAAGAAGAAAAGAAAAAGAAGAGAAAAACGAAUAGGAAAAUUACGGAUGGAAAAGAUGUGGGAAAGAGGCGGAAAACGGUAGAAAUGAAAAAAAGUGAUUUUAGCGAAGAGGAGAGAAGGGGCGAGGGAGGAAUACAAUCGAAAUCGAAAGAAAAAUACAUAAAUGAAAAAUUACACAGGAUAGAAAAAAUACCGCAAAAGGAAAAAAGUCAAAAAGAUAUGGAGGAUAGGAAAAAAGAAGCGAUUGAAAUUUUUCGAACGUUUAAACAAAAGGGAAAAAGGAAAAAGAUGAAAGUUUUUGCUAAGAAAGAAGCGAAUCUGUCGGAAAGCAGCAGCAGCAGCAGCGACAGCAAUUGA